AUGAAGGUGAACCGCCUCGACAUCCUGGGCAUUUUAAGCCUUGUAAAAAGCACAGUCCGGUACAGACUCACUCGCUUAUUGCAAGAGGGAAAUGACGAUGCCGUUAAUGAAGACUUGGUUACUCUUUUCGACGAAUCCUUCGAGUUACCGUUUGAAUGCCCCGACCCUUUGGCGAAUUACAAAGCAGUUUGGCCUUACAAUGGGAAUACAUAUGAUCUCCACGUCAAUUCCAUUUGUAUCAGGGUUGAUACGAAAUCUUCGACUAUGUUUAUCUACUCGAAGGCUCUGGACAGUUUAAAACUACCCUCGAAAGCCCUUGUUUUAAUUGAUUGCAGUGAUAACUCAAUUAUUUCCUCCAGUGAAAGAGCAAUUCUGAUGCUUACUUUAUGGAAGGUUACCACGGUUUUGACAUAUUCGCUGACAGUAGCAAAACUGAAUGGAUUGGUUUUGGAUGAUCCCGAAUUACGUAUACACCCGAACUUUGACGAGAAUAACUUACGAAUUACCAUCCGCAUGGCCAUCAAAACCAGUUUCGAUCUCUCUCUGGAAAUACUGCAGCCAGUCGCGGAGAAUUUGAGAUGUAUUGCUGAUAAUACCUUCAAAAUCGACUCAGUCAACUACAAUCUCGAUUCUCCAAAACUCCACGAAGUUUUAUUAAACGAUGCACAUGAGGUAUCCACUCGUUUGUUCUAUCGUGCUGUCAGCGCUUGCACAGCAGACAUGCUUCCUGUCCCCGCCACCAACUUUGAAAAAUAUGAGCUCAGAUAUAAGUUAUUCCCCUUUCAACGUCAAACAGUUGACUGGAUUUUACAGAAGGAAAAUUUGCAAUACAAUCAGAAGACCUCAAAAUAUGAACCCAUCCCUGUUGUGUCGCAAGAGGACUCUCAGAAUUUGCAGGAUUUCAGAUGUGGUAGUCACCUUGAUUUGAAUCUGAUUGGUCAACUUUUACGCAGACUACUUUCAAAGCAUACUUUUGGAUGGGAAGUAGCAAUGUACGGAAGCCAACCACGUUUCCUAUACAACAAGUACACUGCCCAAACUGCUUCAUUCAAGGCAGCAGCAAAGGCUAUCGCUAAAUGGAAUGAAGAACCAAGCUUGCAUCUCCAUGCAGCAAAGGGCAUACUUGCUGAAGGAGUGCGUCUUGGGAAAACCUUUGAGGUUGCUGCCACUAUUUUGAUCAAUCAACGGCCCAAAGACAAGCUGCAAGAGCCUCACAAACUCGCGAAUGGCAAGACGAUCUUUACUGCGGGCACCACCUUGAUAAUUGUGCCCAUGCGUUUACUUCUGCAAUGGGUUCUGGAACUUAAACGUUUUGUUCCUCUGCUUGCUGUUACAAUCUAUAAGGGCGCCAAUGGAUACCCCGAACUCAAAAAUAUUCCCCUGUGCAUUGCUGAAUCUUUUCUUUGUUACGAUGUUGUGGUCGCGGCAUACGAAACAUUAUCUGUUGAGUUGGAUCAUGCAGAGUACUCUUCCAAACAGCAACCUGCUCGGAGAAGUACCAAAAGAAAGGGCGAAGACAGAAAUACAAGACCCAAACGAUUACGUUCUUCCACAAUGGAUCAGUCCGAUUUUUCAGUUAACACCCAAGAACUGCUGGGAGAUUUACAGACUCCGAAUGACUCAGAAGUGUUACAGGGAGAGAAUACCGCCACCAGUGUUGAUGACAAUGAUCGCGGUGAUGAAGCUCCAAAAGAACGUGGGCUGCCGCUUAUGGAACUCCAAUUUUGGCGCGUUGUUAUUGAUGAGUCGCAAACUAUGUGUCACGAAGAUUCUCGAGCACUUCGGUUUGUCGCAUUAGUCCCUAAACAUCACGUGUGGUGUGUUUCUGGGAUCCCAUUUAAUGAUCUGUUCGAGGACAUCCAGUUUUACUUGGAUAUACUUCAAUGUCUGCCCUUCAAUGGUGUCAAGUUAGCCUGGAAAAUGUUAAAGAGCUGUCCUCGCGAAUUUGUACAAUUGUGCUCAACGCUAACUAUUCGCCACACAUAUGCGAUGGUUUGCGAUGAUUUUGAACUUCCUCUCCAGCAUCGUGUGGUAGUGUCUUGCCAAUUUCCCACUGAAGUGAAAAAGCGAUAUAUGUCUAUGAAAGAAAAAUUUCUGGCAAUUCAGCGCCUGAACACCAAGGCUAAGAUUAAGGGACUUGAAGAAUUGAGAAUGUUUUGUGAUUUUUCCGUUGUUGCUAGCAAGGUAAAAUCGGAAAAAGUGGAAUCACACACAAAUGAUACCCCUUGCAUGAAGAGCUCCCUCCAACAGUUGCAAUCUUUAACCAAAGAGAAGACUAUACAAUUUUUUGAAAUCCAACUUCAGAUGGGAAAAUCUUUUGCUGACGUUGCUGAAUAUUUCUGCUUCAAGAAGAUACCACAUUUGGCCAUUGAAUUGUUGGCAGCGGGGAUAGAGCUGGUGAAGAAUAUCCUACGUCAUUUAAGUGUGCAAGUUGAGCUGGCAAUAACUAACAAGGAUAAUCUUCGUGCUAAAAGAUUUCGCACAUUUAUGCAUCUGUUUGUAAUCGUCUUGCACGAAUACUACUAUUUGACCGGGUUUGCUCACAGUCAGAUUCUGUGUGGUGACGUCGAUGAGUCCUUUGAGCGGGACUCUGUUGAUAUAUCUGGGUUCCAUUCUUUUGAUUACAAGAAGGGGCUCUGCGAGAUCAGUAAUGAUGCUGAAACUCUGGCCUCAAAUGCGUUGUUCGGUGAAAGAACAAACGAUAAUGCCGACUCAAAGCUUGUCAGCGAACAAUUUUACGAUAAAGCGAAAUUAAUUCGGCAAAGACUUUUUGAUAUGACUGUGAAUCAUAAUCUCGGAUUGUUCAAAUCGAUAAAAGAUAAGCAAGAUGAACUUUGUGCUGAGGUUCUGUUGAUUGAGUUCAAUGCUGAUUUGAGUGAAGUUGUUGGCAGUAUCUUGAAAGUUAAACGUGUUGAGCAGUUGAAUGUUGAAGCGAAGCUUAUCAACGAGAAGCUGAAAUUGCUUGUUGAGUUUUUAGACAAACUUGAUUCGGAGAACAGAAUGCUGAUUGAAAAUCUUGAAAAACUGCUAUGUGAUCAGGAAGAACUACAAAGCAUACGAACUGUAUUGAAUGAAUUAACUGCGGCUCGGGUGCAGGGGCUCCUCGGUGUAAUGAGUCAUAGAUCAUGCCAGAAAGAAUUAAGUCAAUUUGACGACAUCGAAGACCUCGAGUCAUUUCAAAAAGAGGCAUAUAAGGUUCGUUCUUCAGAUGGACCUCUGUUGUACGAAAUUGUAAAGCGGUUGGACAUUGCAGGCGAGUCUACCAGCAAGGUCCGUGAGGAAACGGGGAUGAUUUUAGCACUUCAGCAGGUGUCACUUGAUAAAUUGACACGGGGGCUUGCUAUACACGGCUGUGCUUUAUUUGAUGCGUUGAUCGAUUAUUCCCAUUAUGUGCAUCUAAUAUUGGAUUCCGUAAAGGAAAACAAUUUUCAGCAAUGCGAUCAACGCACUGUAGCUGAAGAAGUCACACUCAAGUCUACCGAGCACAUAAACCUCAAAAAGGCUCUUGACGAAGCUUUCAAUGAGCUACGGCAUCUUUCUGGGCAAAUGUCAAAUUUUGAAUUACAAGACCUAUUGAUGUGCCCAAUCGAUCACACUAAAAUAUCGAUGGGUGUGCAAUUGCCCUGUGGUCAUCUGUACAGUAGUGUCACUGCAGAGUCAGCUUUCGAAACUGGUACUUUUGAUAAAUGCGGCAUUUGCAGACAACGUCUCCCUGAAUUCAAAUCGUCUCCUGAAUUUCGAAAGUUCACUCAAUCGCAAAACUUCUUACGGCCCGAAUCUCACCCCAAUAUUGAAUAUGAGGCACGCUCCGAUGACGUUGUAACAGCACUGAAGGAUCAUAUGAACGCUAUCGAUAAGCUGGUUGUGAAAAAAAGAUAUUCCACGAAAGUCGACGUCAUUGUUCGCCAUAUAUUGUACUUGAAAUCUCGAAAUCCUCGUGUUCAAAUCGUGAUUUACCUGCAAUUUUCAAAAAUGCUAGAUUAUUUGGGUGGCGCCCUCAAGAUGCAUGAUAUAACGUUCUUGCGGUCCUUAGUUCUGACGAAUUCCAAGAUUGACAACUCUUUCUUACAGGGUAACACUGAUGGUGCAAAACAAUUCAAAGCAAGUGACAGUACCGUAACUUGUUUUUUGCUUGACGCACAUGCCCAAGAUACUGGACUCAACUUGGUGAAUGCCAAUCACGUCUUUUUUUGUGAACCGCUUGUGAACAAAUUCUUGGAACUUCAAGUCACCCAGCAUAUCCAACGAAUUGGGCAGACCAAGUCAACUUCAAUUUGGAUUUUCAUGAUAGAAGAUACUGUGGAAGAAACGAUUUUCUCGAUAGCUGAAAAAAAAUGGCUGGAAUACCUUGCUUCUGCUGAUGAUUUUGAGAGUAAACUUUUCCUGGAGUACGGUUUCAUCAAGGCAAUGAUUGCAGGGUGGUCGAAGCGUGGAGAAUUCAUGUCUGAUGAUGAUUUACAAGACAUAUACAACGCCCUUGAAUUUCAGAGUUGA